AUGGACAAGAAAGCUACGGCUCUGUUGAAACUAAUCUACUUGGAGAUGUUUGGGUAUGACAUGUCCUGGGCUUCAUUCCAUGUACUGGAAGUUAUGUCAUCUACCAAGUACCUGCAGAAGAGAGCUGGCUACCUUGCAGCUGUACAGAGCUUUAGACCAGAUACUGAAGUCUUAAUGUUGGCUACAAACCUGCUAAAAAAGGAUUUAGUGUCGCCUAGUAUCCCAAACAUGUCCCUCCCUCUGAUAACAUUACCAAACAUUAUCACACCUUCACUGGCGAUGUCGUUGCUCCCAGAUGUUCUGUCACGCAUUUCUCACUCACAUGCUAUGGCUCGUAAGAAGGCUGUGGUGUGUCUUUAUAGACUUGCGCUGGUUUACCCCGAAGCGCUAAAAUUGGCAUGGCCUAAAAUCAAGGACCGUCUCAUGGAUGAUGGAGAGGAUAGCAGCGUCACCACAGCAGUGAUCAAUGUUGUAUGUGAACUCGGAUGGAGAAGGCCACAUGACUUCCUGCCUCUGGCGCCAAGAUUCUUCGAACUAUUAGUGGAUGGAGGGAACAAUUGGAUGGCUAUAAAAAUUAUAAAGCUUUUUGCAACAUUGACACCCAUAGAACCACGAUUAACACGAAAGCUUAUCCGGCCAUUGAUCAACAUAAUUCAGACAACAACUGCCAUGUCAUUGCUCUAUGAAUGUAUCAACGGCAUAGUUCAGGGCGGUAUCCUUGAUGGUGAGGAAGUGCUGGAGGAAAAGAACGAGAUUGCAAGUCUCUGUCUCGGAAAGCUCAGAGGCAUGGUAGUCACAGAGUCCGAUCCCAAUCUAAAAUAUGUUGCUCUCCUUGCCUUCAACAGAAUUGUGAUGUCUCACCCCGUCUUGGUGUCAGCUCAUCAGGAUGUCAUCAUGGAUUGUUUAGAGGAUCCGGACAUUUCAAUCCGACUGCGAGCCCUUGACCUCGUGACUCGAAUGGUAACAAGCGAUACACUCCAGUCAGUGGUGAAUCGACUUGUCGAUCAACUUUUCAAUGCCCGUCAAGUCACCAAAAGUACUCUUGCGGCCGGGAGUUGUGAGACAGGUAUACGCACUGACAUGGGAGAAUUCACAUUAUCAGAAGGUCCACAUGCUCAGAAGUUACCGAUCGCCUUGCCAGACGAUUAUAGUAUUGAAGUUGUACACCGAAUCUUAGAUGUCUGCUCUUACAACAAUUAUUCGGAGCUGCCUGACUUCGAGUGGUAUGUUGACGUUCUGGUCCAGUUAGUCAAGCUGCUUCCUCCAAGUAUUGAAGAGCUUCCUACCCACUACACUUCAUAUCGGGACCCCGAGCACUACAAAAAUUGUGUUGCUUUCCGUAUCGGGUCAGAAAUACGCAAUAUCGCUGUCCGUGUUAGGGACGUUAGGAUGGAGGCAACCAGAGCUGCAGAGACUCUGAUUCUAGUUGACAACAAGCAGGGCCCGUCUCCCCUUGUCUCCAAACAAACGAGUGACAUCUUAGGGCCUCUCGCUUGGGUCACUGGUGAAUUUGCAGAGCAUCUUGCAUAUCCCAGCCAAACCCUUCAAUCACUAAUCGAUAUGUCGAACGUGUCGUUAUCAGCGAGCACGCUGUCCCUUUAUAUACAGGCUAUUCCCAAAGUCUUGGCCAAUCUCAUUUGUGAUGGGGACGAAACCUGGGACUCGUUAAAGAACAGUGAAAUGUCCCUUCUUUUAGCUCGAAUCAUCGAAUUCCUUGAUGUUUUGGCUGCCCACCCAGACUUGGACGUGCAAGAAAGGGCAAUCGAAUUUCUGGAGGUCAUGCGCUUAGCAGCAGAUGCCGUUCAGUCAGAAACUCUAGAAGUAGGCCAGGCUCCAUCCUUGCUGUCGUCUAUGGUUCCCAGCUUUUUCCAUGGACUAGAACUCAAUCCAGUCGCUACCAACGCCCAAAAGAAGGUUCCUUUGCCAGAUCAACUUUGUCUAACACAAGAGUUCAACAAGCAUAUAUAUGGGCUUUUUAAUAACCCAGCCAAUGGGCUUCCGGAGCCAGCCGGCCAACUACCAUCUCAGAUGUUUUAUCACGUUAGGGAAGUUUCUGUGCUAGAUAAGCAGCCUGUUGAAUUCCUACCCGUGGAUUUGCAAUUAAAUCCAACAUACCAGGACCUCUCCAGUGGCUUUGGAGAUGACACUGCCGCUUUAAAGCGGAGAGAGGAACGGAAAGAACGUAACAGGGAUGAUCCGUUUUAUAUUGCUGCUGAAGAUGAAUCCUCCUGCACAUUGACCCCAUUUCACCAGACUCUCAAUAUGUCAAAUAGUAGCGGACUGGAUAUUGACUCUAUUCCUAUAGUUGACCUCAAUUUGAAUGGCGCCGGGAGUCAUCGCACUUUGGCAUCUCUGUCGCGCGAUAACCGACAAGGUGGCUCACGCCCUAAAAAGUACGAGAUCGCACCUGAUGAGAUUAUCGGACAGGAAGAUUCACCGCAUCUUGACUCAAAUGAUGAACCGGGUAAAGCCAAACGGUCUCUUCUACAGGUCGACUCGAGUGGACUAGAGCAUCUAUCCUUAGAUGGUAGAGGUGGUUCCUCGGGAGAUCCUACAGUCCCUACGGUGGUCGGCGGGCAUGAUGUAGAGAUGGCUAUGGCUGUGCAGAAAGUGGAAAAGCUGCGGCUAGAGAUGCAAAGAGCUUCAGAACGUGUUCAUCCGAAUGGCAUCCCUGCAGAAGGGACGCUGGUAAGGAAAAAAAGAAAAUCAAAAAAGCCUACACGUAUUGGAUCUCAGGAAGCUGCACUGCUAAAAGCUGAAGAUGAAAUGUCGGUGGACAACACUCAACAGAUGCCAGUUUCAUCUGUGGCACCAAAGAAAAAGAAGAGAGCGAAAAAACAAAUCAAUGCUGGCUCAAGUAGCGCACUCUAA